AUGGGUAGGAUCUCGAGAGUUCACGUGCAGCCCAUACCACAAGAGCUUUACAAGUCCCAUCUCCCUCUCUUUCCACCCCUAAAGCCGGGGCAGAAGCUUGGAGUCAACAAGCGGUUUUGGUCAAUGCUGGCCGCCGUUCUGAGGGUUGCGUUCCCCAGCAAGACUGGAAAGGAAGCGUUUCUACUCCUUCUACAUACCUUUUUUCUCGUCGCAAGGACUGUACUGAGUGUGAUGGUGGCGCGUCUGGAUGGGAGGAUCGUCCGUGAUCUGGUAUCAGCAAACGGAAAGGGAUUUCUCCAAGGUUUGGGAUGGUGGUUCGCUUUAGCGGUACCAAGCACAUACACCAACUCGAUGAUUCGAUAUCUGGAGAGAAAACUUGCCUUGGCCUUCCGGACAAACUUGACGAGAUAUAUUGAUGAUCUUUAUUUAAACAAGAAUCUCAGUUUUUAUAAAUUCGCUGAUUAUGGCAGGUUGAUCACCACCGAUGUGACUCGCUUCUGUGACUCCCUCGCGGCCCUGUACGGUAAUAUCGGAAAGCCCGCGCUCGACUUGAUCAUCUUCACAUCCCAAUUGGCAGCAAGCUUGGGACCGAUCGGUACUUUAGGUCUCUUCACAAAUUAUGCGUUCACCGCAUGGAUUCUACGGGCCGCUACACCAGCCUUUGGGAGGAUGGCAGCUUCGGAGGCCAAAUUGGAAGGUGAAUACCGAGCUGGACUUAGCCGAAUUGGCAGAGACGGGGAGGAAGUGGCAUUCUACAAUGGUGGAAAGAGGGAGAUGGGCAUUGUCUGGUCCACGUACGAACGUCUGGUUCGACACGUUCAUUCAGUCUUCAAGGUACGCAUACCUUACGGAAUGACGGAAGACUUCGUCAUCAAGUAUUUCUGGUCCGCUUGCGGAUACGCCUUGAUGUCUAUACCGAUUCUUUUCCCUGCCGCUAAAGAUGCCCUGCAGAUUGGGACGGGAGGAGGACACAGUCAAGUGGCGUCUCGCGCGGAAAGUUAUAUGUCUAACCGACGUCUCUUGAUCUCUCUUGCGGACGCUGGUGGACGACUCAUGUAUUCCGGCAAGGAUCUUGCCGAGUUGUCUGGAUACACUUCACGAGUGUACAGUCUGCUCGCCUCUCUCCACGCUUUGAACGACGGCAUCUAUCCUGUAAAUCCACGUCCGGAGGGAUUACCACUAGAUCAGCCCUUCUAUGAUAUGUCUAAUGUCCAUGGUCAGGUCAUCGUCGGUCCGGACCACCUGUUGCUCAAGGGCGUACCUAUUGUCGCACCGGCUGCCGGAGUGGGAGCUAGGAGGGGAGGGGAAGAAUUACUUCGUAGGUUGGAUUUGCGGGUGGAGAAGGGUGAUCAUACUCUCAUUACUGGCCCGAACGGAGUGGGAAAGACAUCAACCGCUCGUAUCAUUGCCGAGCUCUGGCCAACAUGGGCGGGAUCGUUAGAGAGACCCCAUCAGGGAGAAGGGGGAAUUUUCUUCUUACCUCAACGACCCUACUUGUGUAUCGGAAGUCUACGUGACCAGUACGUUUAUAGCCCAGAGUCGUACGCUGAGAUGAAAGCUCGGGGACGGACAGAUGCGGAGCUCAUGGACAUACUGGCACACGUCCAUUUGGAGUAUCUGCCUUCUCGCGAGGGAGGAUGGGAAACGAGAAAAGAAUGGAAAGAUGUUCUGUCGGGCGGAGAGAAACAAAGAAUGGGAAUGGCCAGGCUUUUCUAUCACCGACCGAAUUAUGCCAUAUUGGACGAAUGUACUUCAGCAGUGUCAAGCGACGUCGAAGGGUUGAUGUAUGAACACGCCAAAUCGAUAGGCAUCACCCUGGUGACUAUAUCACAUCGUCCAUCUUUGCUCAAAUACCAUACUCGACAUCUGCGCAUCGGCGAGUCUCCAUCCGCCCCACCGGACUCUCCACUCGCCUCUUCCAAAUCUCAAAUCUUCAACGACCUUCCUAUCCCUACGUCACCGCAAAUGGCGAUGGGAUGGAGGCUCACCAAUUUGGCCUCGGGAACUGAAGCGGAAAACCUGGAGUUGGAGACGGAAUUGGAGAAGAUUGUCAAUGUUCUCGAGAAUGAUGUGGGUCGGUGGGAGUCGAGGUUGAAGGAAAUCAACUUUGAAUUGAGCGGCAAGUAG